CGGCGCAACAUGGGCUGAGCCUAUUUGCAGGGGAGGAUGAGCUGUGGAGUCGGUGCUGCCGCUGCACACUGGUCGUGAUUUUCCCCGCUGAGCGAAGAGAAGGAUCUGACCGGCCGCAGACGCGCAGACAUGGUGGUGACACGUGGAUUUUGAUAGCGGGCGAGACGACCCACCGGCCACCGGGUGGAUUCGCCGCGCUCGACGCAUGGGCGUGUGUCACCGUCCGGGAGCGCACACGUUUCCUUCCCACUCCGGCUCCCGGCAAUGCGCUCGCUAAAGGAAACUGGCUGCGCAGAGACAUCCGGAAAACGCAUCCGUGCGCCAGGGCCAGUGGGCCAGUCCGCAUCCAGAAAUGCUCGUGGCAACACAAAGCCAGGCUUCAAGGAGCUGCGAUAAGAAACCACACAUGCACAUCGGCAUGGGUGCGUCAACACGGUUAUUUCGCUGCAUCCUGCGGGCGAGGCUUUGGAGCGCGGUCGUGCAAUGAGACAAUCCGGAUUCAUCAAGUAGACUUUAUUGAUACAUAACCCGACAAUAUGGCUGAUCAGAGCAACAUCCAGUCCUCCGCCUCCAAGAGCAUCCGGCCCUUUAAAUCCAGCGAGGAGUACCUGUACGCCAUGAAGGAGGACCUGGCGGAGUGGCUCAACACCCUGUACGACCUGGAUGUCACCGCGGACACCUUCAUGGACGGGCUGGAGAGCGGCUGUGCCCUGUGUCGGCACGCCAACAACGUGAACCGCGCCGCGCAGGACUUCCAGCUGGAGUGCCCGGAGGCUGCGCGGUCCAUGAAGGUGCCGUCCAAGGAUGUGGGCUUCCAGUCGCGCAACGUCGUGCCCGGCUCGUUCCUGGCCCGGGAUAACGUGUCCAACUUCAUCAGCUGGUGCCGGCAGGAGCUCUGGAUCAAGGACGUGCUCAUGUUCGAGACCAACGACCUGGUGGAGAGGUGCAACGAGAAGAAUUUCAUCCUGUGCCUCCUCGAGGUGGCGCGCCGCGGCUCCAAGUUCGGCAUGUUGGCCCCCAUGUUGAUCCAGCUGGAGGAGGAGAUCGAGGAGGAGAUCCGGGACCAGGAGAGCCUGCGGAUCGACGCGGUGCAGCCGGCCGAGCAGAGCGCGCCCAGCAGGGGCUUCAGUCGGAAGGAGAGCAGCCACCACAGUGCGGAGGAGGACGAAGAUGAACCCGAACCAGAGCCCUUCAUCUGGCAGCCGAAGAGAGUGUUAUGUGACAUGCGAAAUUUGGAUGAGCUGGUGAGAGAGAUCCUGGGCCGAUGUUCCUGUCCCGCUCAGUUCCCCAUGAUCAAGGUGUCAGAGGGGAAGUACAAAGUGGGAGACUCCAGUGCACUGAUCUUCAUUAGGGUCCUGCGCACUCAUGUGAUGGUGCGCGUCGGAGGGGGCUGGGACACAUUAGAGCACUAUUUGGACAAGCAUGACCCGUGUCGCUGUGCUGCUUUUGCCCACCGUUACCACCAGGCUAAAGCCAGUGGCCAAGGUCAGGGGACCCACAGCAAGUCCUCCAGUGCCCACUCCUCUCGCUCCACCAGCCCAGGACCACACUGGCGAAACGAUGGCAUUGCACCUUACAAGCCCCCCGACAGGCGCCCAACGGAGCCCCCCUCUGCUCCCUGUGCCUCCACACGGCAGAGCCGACCCCAGAACACUUUGGGCCACAAUGAGCCUGACUCUGGCGGAGCCCGGAAUCUGCUUCCACGGCCGCCACGGGACCGUUCAGAACCCCGACACUUUAAUCCUCUCAGGAAUAAGGAGACAAUGAUGCCAGUCGCGAGACGUCUGUCUGGAGACAGUGACUCCUCCACAGCAUCAUCUAAGGGAGGAGGAGGGGGAGGGGGAGGGGGGCGGUACUCUCUCGGUGGCGCGUCACGGCGCUCUGGUGAAGAGGUCAUCCUGCUUGUCAAUCGCAAAGAGGGGAAGCACAUGAUCGAGAGGUCCGGAGCAGGAAAUCAGUCCCUUCGUCCCUCGCUGCCCCGGGCGCGCAGUCAAUCUCGGGAACGGGCUGCACUCGCUCCGAUACUCAAGCCCAACCCACCACAAGGAUCCUCUGAUGGAACUCGGACAGAGAGGGGACGCUCCCUCGGAAACGAGGGCGCCAGAAGGUUCCACGUUCCACGCUCCCAAAGCCAGAGUAAGGUGCAGAGCCGUACUCGGGCCAGUGAUGCCAGCCCGAGUCCCGCUCACUGCUACAGAGACCCUCAGCCCCCACCGUCUGACAGACGAGAGGAACUUCGGGCCAAACAAAUGCCCCCUUCCUCUCCUAGAAUGGGUGGUGGGUUCUCCAAGAGGCAAUCGUCCUCAUGCUCAAACUCACCUAUUAAAGGGAUUCAGAGCAACAACAGCAGCCCACACAAGAAGACUAUCACUACCCCAAGACCCCCUGCCCCUCGCUCACCCUCCACAGGGAAGGGCAGACUGCUGCCGCCAGUAACCUCAGGGGGUCGGCGUUCACCACACUCAUCUCCGCGAAACUCUCACCAUCAUUCUGCUCGCUCCCCUCGGGUGUCACAGGGCCCCCGCUCUGUUGGUCGUGGCCACUACAAAAGCUGCUCAGGCAUGGAGCGGCAGGAUCCUGAGGAGGAAGGAAUAGGCUUUGGCUUCCAGAUCCUUCCAGUGCUCGACCCCCAGAAGGAGCAGGACCUGUAUCGUAGCUUUGAGGCCGAGUUUCUGGCUAACACGCAGCAGGCUAGAGGAGUGUCGAGUAAAGCUCCAGGAGGAGCGACCCUGCAGGGACCUGUGACACAUUUGGUGCCAACGCUCGCUGAUCCUAAUGUGACUGACUCUGCCUAUUCCUCCUCUAACUCCUCCUCCUCCUCUGUGAAUGUGGGGUCAAAGAUUGGAACUCUGCCUGACCUUAGGGAAUCCAAGCGAACCAAUCCCAGUCAUUUUUCUCUAGAGGACCCCCUACAUUUACUUCACGGACACAACUUUAGAGGACCACACAACUUUUGUCAGGGAGAGCCUGAACACUGGGGGGAGCGGGGUCUCAGGAAGCUCCCGGCCAUCUGUAGCUCCAUGGAGGAGAGGGAACUGUCAUCAUCCCUGCCAGAGUCAGAGUUAAUUAUUCAGCCCCCCUCACAGCCGGCUUUCCACUGUAGGAAUAUGAAUGGAGACCCUGGGGGUGGUCCUCCUACAGGGGGGCUGACAGGUCAGCAGGGUCAGCUUGGCUGGGGCACAGGGCCUGUGGGCGGUGUCCCUCUGGAGAAUCACCAGCCGAACUUUUCUAAUAACCUUGAAAAUGGUGAAGGGAGUGAUGACCUACCACCUCCAGAGGCUUGUCCUUCACCCGUGCACCUUCCCCCUUCUGAAGACUGCUCCUUCCAGGAUUCCUCCAGUGAAAGCUCCUCCAUGUGCUUUAGUUUGAGUGAAUCUCGCUCUGAUUCCCCCCCACCCACAUCCCCGCUGGCCAACGGGGACACGGACGGAGAAGUGCUGCAGACUAAGAAAGGGCAGAGGAAGGCGGACAAGGCGGCUCUUCUCUCAAAGCACAAACUGAAAACCAGAAUCAGGCCUCGCACUGACAACAGGCCAGAGAACAGCCCCUCGCGUAUCCCCACCCCGGUCAGCUACAGAGAUCUGCAGGCUCGCAACCCCCUCUCACCCUGCCACACCCCACCGCUGUCCCCUCAGAGCUCCCGUUCCACCGGUCAUCCUGUUACAUGCAAGAGCCUGCACCACGCUUUUGCGGACAUGAUCCAUCCUCAGCCGCGUUCCCCAGCCAUGGGUAACAAAGACUGCUCCUUCCCUGGACAGUCAGGAAGCCUCGAUAAUGAAGCUUGGAUGUAGCACAUGAACUGAAGGGUAUGAUGUGGAGGAUUUUGACUACUGUGUAAAAUAAGACUGGGCUAUAGACUGUUUUCAUUGCAUGUCAAACACUCCUUUUACAUUUAGUCUCUCGCCUGAAUAACUGCAGGGGGGGGAGGGGGGGUUCCACAUUGCUUUUUAUUUUGCACUCAAGCCAAAUUAUUUAUUACCAAAGGAAUGGUCUUUCAUACUUUAACUGUUGUUUUAAUGUGUGCAUUGGGAUGCUUUAGCCAAUCAGGAGGUGUUUUCUCAGCAAAACACUCGAAAAGAAAUUCCCAUGGUUGGUAUCCGGAAUUAGAGAGAGACAGAGCGAGCAUAUGUGCUGCCAUGUGCCCCACUGUGGGGCAUGGUCAAGUGCCAGAUAUUCAAAGCUGCAACCGAACACACUAAACCUUUAGUCAGAUCCAUUAGCUCCCUCUUGUGGUUUGCCAUAGAAUCUCCGCCUGCCUUGAUUGCUGUUAAGAUGACUGUGACAUUUCCAGUCCCUUUGGGGUCUUCUUUUACGACUCAAUAUACUCGCCAGUAGGUCACAUAGACAAUGGUACCCCCCCCCCCGGUCCUCCUCGUGACCUCUAUAAACGCAACUCGCACUACCGAUCUCUAAAUGAAUUAAAAUGUGUUACAGGUUUUUAAGAUUUUUGUUUAAUGCAGUAAAAUGUUUUACAUUCUGCUUUUAAGUGGAUUGAGUGUAACAGUUAAUUUGAGCAGCAGUGGGGGGUAUAUCACUUUGUGUCAUUGUCACUGAAACUGAUAUGUUGAGAGCUCUUCCUCCGACCAAACUGUACUCUGGAAAAACGAUGCUUAACAUAGAAAUGAGCAUAGAAACGCUAAAAAGAAUGAAUGUGUAAAUAAGGUGCUGGUGAGACGUGUGGGUGUUUUGUGUAUAUAAAAAGGCAUUGGAUAUACAGUUUAAUGUACAUAUUCACUGUAUUAAGUUCUGUGCUGCCUUAGCUAUGCAAUAUGGGUGUUGGAAAUGCCUUGACAAUUCCCCUUUGCCUUAAAUGUUAUUCACAGGUUAGGUUUUGAAUGUUCUUGCUCCACAUCACAAAGAUCUAUUUGGUAACACUUGCCAGCGCCGUCAAUUCUCUUCAUAAGAAUAGGAUCUGGAGAGAGCGAAUGUGGAAAAAAAAUGAGGGAUUUUGCCAAUUUUUAUUCUAAAUUAUACUUGAUGUAGGUGUAUAAUUCAUUAUAAAGAUAUAUCAUUUAUUGCCUCUGAAUCGUACCGGUUGUUUUGAAACUCGAGAAGCCACUUGACCUUAGCAGAAGGAUUUCAAAGACAUGGCACAAUGUAUGGUGACAUCUAGUGGCUAAAGAAAGACACAUUUUACUCAUGGAUAAAACUUCUUGACAGUUUCUUGUAGAAUAAAGUAAACUGAUGCUGAUUAGAACCAGUAACAAUGAUACGUUAAGGUGAGGUUUGAUGGAUGAAGAAGGAUUUGGACUUGAGUGACUGCAUGUGUGCAACAGUGCAUGAAUAAUAGAUACUGUAACUGGAUAUCAAGUUUUCCUGUUAGGCUCUCACACGGUUGGCAUCAGUAUGAGAGGCUUCAGCUCCAGCUCUUCUGUAUUUGGUAUUGAUCAGGUUUGGAGUUUGUAAAAUAUAUUUGUAAGUGGAAAAGUUGGAACUGUGUCAAUGCCCUGCAGAAACACUACAACCACAAGAACCCCACAUGUUUGCCUCAAUCUAAGAGAAAUCGGUGGCCAUUUGUUAAUUUACUAAUCUUUAUUUAUGUUGCAUCUUUUAAAAAUUGAUUGCAAAGUGAUUCACAGGCAUCAAAACUAAACUUUUUCAGAGAUGCAAUAUUUCCUGUAGAAAAUGUGGUGGCAAAUAAAAAAACAUUUGUGGAAGAUAAUCAUUUUUUUCCGGGCAGUGACACUGAAUGAGUUAUAAAAAAAAGUAAAGUGUGUGCUUAUGUUUGUGUACAUACUGUUUGAGAAUAUGUACAGAGUGAAGAGGGGAGUGAUGUUGGUCUAAUUUAUUUAUUUAUGAAAUCGAGUGUUAGUGGGCUCAAGUGACAUCUGUGUCCCGAGUACUGUCAGUGGCAAAGUGUUGAGGGUGAUCCAAAUGACGAGGGGGACAGGUUUGUUUUUCAAUUUUCUCAACAGUAUAAUGUAAACAGACACGAUUCUUUAAAAUGUCAGUUUCAAAAACUGAUCCCACAAAAAAGUAAACAUUUUUAUUUAGGCUCUUUUGCAAUAUUUAGAGAUGCAGGAAGUUGCUUUAAUACUGGCUCCUUGUUGCAACACAUAAACUUAUGAUGUAUCAGUAUUGAUGGAGCUGCAUUGAUCCAAUAUGUAGCUUGUUUCCCCUGUUAUUAACUGAUAUUUACAUGUAUUCUCCACAAAGUUAAAAUUUAUUUUGGGCCUAAACCUAAAUUAUAAUUUUUAUGAAUUGGUUUUCAAUUCUACCAAAUAUAUAAACUGUGACUUCUAACAAACACAACAUUGCAUUUGUAAACCGUUCACAAAAACCAUGAUUGGAAGAUUGUCCUCACAUUGUCUGUUCUUUGUUCUGCACAACUUUCAUGAAACUCUCUCAGUCUCUAUCCCCAGUCAACAAAAACAGAAUGUUCACAAUCAGAUUCUUGUUUGCUAAUCUUACUUUUACUAAAAUGUUCAGUUAAAUGUACAGUUUGCUUGACAUUUUUUUGAAUUUGUACAGUAUGACUAUAGCAAUACUGAAAGAUUUCAUUGUUUUUGGAAGUUGAAAACGCUGUCAAGUUGUUCUUGUAAUAAAUAUUUUCCUCUGCA